AUGUCUAUUACAAACUUACGUUUUGGAGUCGUCAAGGAAUACCUAAUGAUUUGUGGUCAAGGAGUGGACAACCCUUUCAUUUGUCUGAUUUACAAAGUCAUAGGAAAAAUUAAUAAAAUAUUUUAUGAGGGACUGAGACCCUGUCUCUCCAUAACUGACCCACAAUUCAUUCGCUCGGACUCGACGACACCUAAAGACCCGUUACACACAUCACUCUUCUUCUCGAAAUAUCCCGAAUGGAAGCGAAUCCGAGCCAUACUUUCGCCGUCUUUCACAACCGGAAAACUAAAG